AUGCGAGAAGCUCUUGAAGUGGUCCUCCAAGCAGGAGGGAAAGAUGAUCGUGACGAACACAAGGACAGAACUCAGAAAAAGAGGACGAAAAGCAGGUUCAAGGGAGAAACACAGAAGCGUGUGAAGGAAGACAGAAAGAAGCCAGAUCGGGAUCAUGUGGAGAAUGAGGCAGAAAAAGACCUCCAGGGCCAGGCCCCUGCAGGAUUGGACUUGCCUCCUGAGAAGCCGCCCAAGCUCCUUAGCCAAACAAGUAGAACACACACCUCUUUGAAUCAAUUGAUGAGACAGUUACAAAUAAAAGACACAAGUGCUUUCUUUUCAUUUCCUGUGACUGACUUUAUUGCUCCCAGCUACUUCAUGAUCAUUAACCACCCAAUGGAUUUUAGUACCAUGAAAAAGACCGACUACCAGUCUACAGAGCUGAAGGAUAACGUCAAGCUUAUGUGUACUGAUGCUAUGACUUACAACAAACCAGGGGCCACUUACUACAAAGCUGCAACGAAGCUACUGCACUCAGGAGUGAACAUUCUUAGCCAGGAGAGAAUUCAGAGCCUGACGCAGAGCACAGACUGCAUGGCAGACUUGCAGGAGAGUCGGAGGCAGAAAGACUGGACUGACGGACUGACACCCCACAGAGAGGGGAGGAUGGCAGCUGCUGGCCGCCGAAAGGGAGGACUCAGGCAAGAUGGGAACACAAGCCUUUGAGUCCCAAAGAGGAAAACAAGACAAAAAUGUGCCUGAAGGUAAAGUUAAGAGCAAUAAUUUAGAGAGAGCAGGAGGGCAGUUGACCUGGUGGCUUGUUAAUAGUCAAGUGUGAAUUUGAAAGAACAAAACCAAUACAAAUUCUAAGUGGUAAGAAGUUUUGUUCAAGGAAAUAUUAAAACAGGAAUAUGAAUAAAUGAUCAAUAAUGUCACUUCAGCCCUGGCCAGGGUGGCUCAGUUGUUUGGAGUCAGUUCCCAGUCAGGGCGGGUUCAAUCCCUG